GCGCCAGUGGACAAUUGGAGCUUUUUUAGCUCCCUUUAGGGUUUAGAGGGAGGAGGCGAUGGCGAUGGCGAUGGCGGGGUAGCGCGCCGAGAGAAAAGGUACCGGAAAUUCGACGCAGAGCUAUGGAUGCAUUCCCGCAAUCUCAUCAUCUCGCGGGAGCCUACGCGAAUUCUUCCAGAGCUGCUCCAUCCAGCUAUUUCGCGCCGCCGAUGACGAUUCCGGCCGAGCCCUACGCGGGUAAUCUCCCCGCGUCGCUGCCUUUGAAUUCCCAGCACCUCUCCGCCCUCAAGCAAGAGGCCGAAUUGGAGGCCUUGCUAAGCUUCCCGGACGAUUCUUCCAAUCCGGGCGAGAAUUUUCCACUUGGCUCGGAGCGGCCGACUUGGGCGGAGGCGGAGCUUGUUCCAGAGGACGACAUCAUUGCCACUUGCUGGAAUGGCUUUCCCAGCCAGAAUGGUGGCCUGCCACAGGAGGCUAGUGACAUGCCGCCAAACGCUCUUGGAUUUGCGAGCCAGCCAUCGACGUCCGCUGGCACUGCUGCCUUGACCACCUCACCGAUGCUCAAGCAGCGUUUGAGAUGGACUCCGGAGCUACACGAGCGGUUUGUGGAUGCUGUGAGCAAGCUCGGUGGCGCUGAAAAAGCGACGCCAAAGGCUAUCUUGACAGUCAUGGACGUGCAGGGGAUAAACAUUCUCCAUGUCAAAAGCCACCUCCAGAAGUAUCGCCUCGUAAAGGACAUUCCAAAUUAUGGCGAAGCAAAACCAGAGAAGAAGAGAAACACUGCUCCAAACUUUGACGCGGCACUGAGGGUGCAAAUAGAAGUACAGAAGCAACUACACGCACAGCUGGAGCUACAACGACAAUUACAGCUCCAAAUUGAAGCACAAGCGAAGAACUUGAAGAACAUGUUUGAGUUCCAGCAAAAGGUUGAGGUGAACCAGCAGUGCAAGAAGGAGCCAGAGGAGGCUGCUCCAGCAGCGCCGCAGUCGACAGUAACCGAGGCUGCAGCUAGCGUCUCGUCAGACGCCGAGUGCCUUGAACCGGCCUCCAAGAAAUCCAAGAUUUCGGAGGAGCAAAGGCAAAAUUCUAUCACCAUUGACGACGAGAGAUAGAGAUUGUAUACUAGCGGUUUCGUGUCAAUGGCAUUGCCUCUAGAAAAGGACACCAUGCCUCCGAGAAUAACUGUAAUCUAUUCAUUUAAUUUUCAGCUAUAACUUUCAGAGAUCA